AUGGGGAGUACAGGUGAGCCGGACAGAAAACGGCGUCACUUUAGCUCUAUAUCAUCACCAACAGCUGCUAUGGCUAAAAAGCAGCCGUUCUCGCAUUUGUCUGAGGACAAAAAGCUUGAUACUGCCGUUCUUCAAUACCAAAAUCAAAAGCUUCAACAAAAGUUAGAGGCUCAGAAGGUUGAGCAUUCUGCGCUUGAAAGCAAGUUUGCUCAACUGAAGGAGAAACAACAACCAUACAAUUCCACAUUAAAAGCUGUCAAUAAGUCUUGGGAAGCGCUGGUGACUGACUUGGAAACAUGUUCCAACUGCACAAGAGAGCGGAGCAAUGGGCAAGGCGUCAAACAUAUACCAAUCACAAAAGAUGGGGGCUCAUCUUCUCUCGAGGAUGCAUUUCUUAUCCGGCUAAUGGAAACAGGUGCAACUGAAAGUUCCUCUGCAAAUAAUUGCCCUGAUCAGAUGGAAUUGGAUAGAGAAACUGCCUUUGAAAAGAAGAAAAACAUUCUGCAUAAUAUAGUGGCUACAGUCAAUGGCCUUUGGUAUCUGAAGGAUGGAUUAUGUGCAGCAGUUUUGAAACAGCUUCCAGAAGAUGGUAGGAGUAUAUUGCCGCAGGUGCAAACGACAUCUAAUGAAUUGGAGAAGGAACUUAAGAACUUGAGGUUAGGGAUAAGUGACCUUCAUUUGAAGCACAAAUCACUGGCAAGGGAAUUGCAGAACCAUCGAGACAUAGAUGCAAAAAAUAAAGCAGAGCUUAAGCAUCUAAAAGGUGAAUUGGAGACUGCGGUUGCAGAAUUAGAAGACAGCAACUGUAAACUGGCAAGUCUUAAAGCAGAGAGAGAUGCAACAAAAGGGGCAUUCUUUCCUGUCUUAAACUUGGGAAGCAAGCACGUUGCUGGUGAUAAGGUCAGGGAUAAACAAAAGGAUCUGCAAGAAAUGGAGUCUGCAGUCAAAGAGCUUUUAGACCAGGCUUCUUCUCGACUACUAGAACUAAAAGAUCUUCAUGAAGGAAGGUUACGAAUAUUACGGAAGCUAUCCAAUUUGCAGCACUCCUUGAAGAAUGUGAAGAGUAUCUCUUCAUCACGAGCCUACCUUUUGGUGAGAGAUCAACUAGAGAAAUCAAAGUCAGAAGUUCGCAAGUAUCGUGCCUUAUUUGAGAAACUACAGGUUGAGAAGGAUAACCUUGUCUGGAAAGAAAGAGAACUAAGUAUGAAAAAUGAUUUAGUUGAUGUUUGUCGAAGAUCUACUGCAGUUGUGGAUUCUAGAAUUGCUGAUUUAGGAAAAGUGAUACAGAAACAGAUCAUUGAAAGAAACAUGAUUGAGACUAAGCUGGAAGAGGCAUCUAGAGAACCAGGAAGAAAAGAUAUCAUUGCUGAAUUCAAAGCUUUGGUUUCUUCGUUUCCUGAGGAAAUGGGCUCUAUGCAAAGCCAACUAAGUAACUUCAAAGAAGCUUCUUCUGAUAUUCAUUCUUUGCGGGCUGAUGUGCAGUCUCUUUCUACUGUUCUGGAUAGGAAGGCAAAAGAGAGUGAAAAUUUGUCUGCUAGAUCAGCAAACCAAAAUGCUGAGAUACAUAAGCUGCAGUAUGUGGUCCAAGAUCUGAAGGAAAGUGAACUGGAGUUGAAACUGAUUUUGGACAUGUAUCGACGUGAAUCCACUUAUUCAAGGUCUGAGGAUGUCGUAGAAGCUAGGGAUCUGGAAUACAAGGCAUGGGCUCAAGUUCAAAGUUUUAAAUCCUCUCUUGAUGAGCAAACCUUGGAAUUACGAGUGAAGACAGCAAAUGAAGCUGAGGCCAUAUCGCAGCAAAAGCUAGCUGCUGCAGAAGCUGAGAUUGCUGAUUUGAGACAGAGAUUAGAAGCUUCUAGAAGGGAUACGUCUAGACUUUCUGUCGUCCUGAAAUCAAAAAAUGAAGGAAAUGAGGCCUACUUGUCUGAAAUAGAGACAAUUGGGCAAGCAUAUGAUGACAUGCAAACUCAAAAUCAACAUCUGUUGCAGCAAAUCACAGAGAGAGAUGACUACAACAUUAAGCUUGUUUUAGAGGGGGUGAGAGCAAGGCAGCUGCGAGAUUCUCUGCUCAUGGACAAACAAACUGCGGAAAAGGAGAUUCAGCAAGCCAAUAUUUCCCUUGAUUUCUUUGAUGUGAAAGCUGCAAGAAUAGAAGAUCAGAGUGUGUAUAAUAAAGUAUUGAAUGCCUCUGCCUUGCAGUUAAAAAGUUGUUCAGACCAGAUUCAUAGACUAGCAGAAGAUAAGUUUCAAAGGUCAGUUUUGUUGGAAAAUACACAAAAGAAAUUGCUAGAUGUGAGAAGAUCAUCUAAUCAAGCAAGAGAGUCAUUAGAGGAUUCCCAAUCUAGAGUUGAAAGAAGUCGAGCAGCUCUUUUGGAGCUGCAGAUAGAUCUAGAGAAAGAGAGGUAA